AUGUCGAGUGAAGAACUCGCGAAAAAGAUCAAUGACCUGGUGGCUCUUGGAAGUACAACCAACCUAGAGGCCUUCUCUUACUACCACCACAAAUUCUGCAACUACCCCCGUGUGGUGUUCUCCGAGAAACUUCUGCCUCAGGAUGCUGUGGCUACGAUUUUGCUCGACGGGCGCCGUGGUGAGGUCUAUUCUGUCUGUGUGCAGGUUGAUCAUGACAGAGACGUCUCAAAACGCGCUGUUAUCUUGUAUAUUUCGACAAAUCAAAAGAUGAGCAUGGUGAAAACUCUCUAUCUUGAGCAGAUCUGGGAUCUCCUGCAGAAACGCGCCCAAUGUUAUGCAGAGAAUGCCCGUGAGAGGGAAUUACUAAAGCGCCAGCAAGUACAGGGGCCACUGGACUUCUCAGGACCAGCUCGUCCAACGCCGACUGUUCCCUCUGACCUGUACCAUCAAAUGAUGAGAGUUGUCUACAAGCAAUGCUUUGAAAGAUGGUUUAAAUGGAUCCAAACGGCUCACGCUGACAUGUCUCGUUUCAAGACCACUUUUAGGGAAGCUGUCGGCGAGGACAUAGCUCUUUCAAACCCAUAUGACUAUUGGUGGCUCGAGCCUUUGUCAUACCUUCUUGAGCAGUAUACCUGGGUUUUUGAAUCAACAGAAGCGUUAAAAAGCCAGGGGCGAGACCCGGUUGAAAUUGUGGCCCAUGCCGAUUUCGCCGUCAAGAUGGAACGCCUAGAAUCUGCGUACACCAUCAUUGAACGCGAUGAUGUUGCACUCGGCACCAUCGAAGAGUGGCAGGGAGCCGCAGAUGAGCAAGAGGUACCUAUCGCUGUCCACCUCCGACGAUUUGCUGAAUUCCAAAUUUCUAUCGUCCAGUUGGAACGCCUCACUCAAUCCCACCGGUCUUUUAUGCACUAUAAAAACAAGCCUCUCGAAGUUGUCUAUAUCGACGACUUAAAUCCUUCCCCAUUGCGCACUUUAUAUCCCACUGACACCAACACAUGGAAAGAGUCUCUUCGUCAUGCCCUUCAUUCUCGAGGCUUCAAGCUGCGGCCCGAGUACAACGACAGAAUGGAAAGUCAUCUCGCCCCCCUCUGCGACGCAGCUGAAGCACAGAACCAAGUCAUCCGCCCUGCCGUGCACCCGCCCACCCAGCUCCUCCAGUUCUUCCUUACCUACAAGAUUAGCCCUCCUCCUUUUAGUUACAUCGGCUCUUCUCGCCCGAUCUGUGCCGCCUGCGCCGCCGUAUUCGUCGCCUGGGACCAGCUCUAUGAAACGCCCAGCUACAUGACCCGAGGGUCCGACGGCGUGUAUCCCUUCCCAUGGCACGUCCCCACGCAGUGGUCUGGAUCUACGGCCCCGGAAGACGGUGGGAUGUUGGAAAUGGUGUACAAGAAGGUCGCAGCGAGACUGGCAGGCUCGCUGUUUGAAGGCCAGAUCGCGAUGUGGAGGGAGGGAAUGGAGCCGCUGUUUGAAUAUCAAGCUCUUCCGGGAGAGGAUGUGGAGAUGGGAGGGCAGCAGCCCGGGGACGAUGUUGAUCAGAUUAUGCUGGAUGUUGAGCGCCUGGUGGAAGACCCUGAGCCUGAGUUGGAUAGAGAAAGUGAGCACUUGGAAGGCCACGGGCAAACUGGUACCGAUACGCUUGAGGAUGAGGAUGAGAUCAGGAACACCGAGGUUCAGCCCGUGGGAAAGGAAAUUCUGAAUUAA